ACCGUUCAUAAUUUAUCAGUUUGUUUGUUUGCUGGCCUCUCCAAGAUGCCUCUCCCAGUCCCACCGCCUCUAGGCUAUCCGGUCCCAUAUAGCCGCCAUGCAGUUUCUGUUCAGCUCCCAACCUGGCAAGACAUGUGUGGAAUGGCGCAGGGAGAGCCUCGAGUGAAGAGAGUCCAAAGGAUUGGUUACCCACGAUCGUUUCUUCAAAAGGAUGUUCAAGCGUUGAUUGAUACCGCUGUAGAAAUAUUUGGCACCGCAAAGGAAUCCUGCCUAAUAUUCCCAUCCUUCUCUCAUGCGGCCGCUUGUGGAGCGUUUAUUCGCUCCCAUAUAUCAUCCCCAGAGAGUAUCAAUGGAGAAUACUCAGUUCGCGCGGUUGAUUUUCCUCGAGGCGCCGCCUCUCGACCUCAAUCUUGCAGUAACCAUGUACUGAUUUGUACUGCUCAAUCAAUGAACGUUCGAUUAUUUGCAGUCUUCUUUCCGACCGAAUUUCGCUCUACAGCGAUCAAAUUUUGGCGACUCACCGGAACUGGAAUAUCCUCGAGGUUAGCGGAAGAUCUUCUCACGUCAAAUACAUUUACCAAAAACGUGUUUUUGCCACUUGUGACAGAUGCAAAUCCGUUCAGAAAGGCGUGUGUCGAAGACGCAGCCGAUAUCAUAAAGUGUCGGAUAGCCAACCUCCUUGGACGCACUCUGCCUUCAAAUUCCAGCAAGAACUUCGUCGACGCAGCUGAUGUGUAUCUCUAUCCCUCUGGAAUGUCAGCUAUAUAUCAUUGCAAUCAACUUCUCAAUACCUGGCGUGGAACACAAAGUAUCGUUUUUGGCUUCCCAUAUGAACUUACCCUUAAGCUUGUGGAGACCUUUGGCACUUCCUGUAAAUUCUUCGGCUUUGGCACCCCAGAUGAGCUUCAAGAGCUCGAACAGUUUCUUGAGAUCGAGGCCGAAAAUGGACGGAGCAUUCAAGCUAUCUGGUGUGAAUGUCCCUCGAACCCUUUGUUACGGACCGUUGAUCUUGAUCGCAUCCGACAGCUGGCCGACCAGUUCAAUUUCCCAGUCGUGGUGGAUGAAACAAUUGGUACAUUUGCAAAUGUAGAUUUGUUGCAAGUAGCGGACGUGAUCGUUACGUCCUUGACCAAAUCAUUUAGUGGAUACUUGGACGUCAUGGCAGGAAGCAUUGCUUUGAACCCGUCAUCGAGGUUCUACAAGCCAUUCAAGAAAGCGCUUGACUCAUCUUACCGCAAUGAGCUCUACGCCGCUGAUGCUAUUCAAUUAGAAUGCAACAGUCGGGAUUUCUUGGCUCGAGCUGGUAAAAUGAACGAAACAGCUGCUACCCUCGUGUCUCACCUGGAAACGUUCAUUUCUAACCCCGAAAGCGCCCUUACCAAAAUUUACUACCCCUCACAAUGUUGGUCCGUUGCCAACUACCAGGCGCGUAUGCGACCGUCAACUCCGGAAUUCUACCCGGGUUAUGGUUGUCUUUUCACGCUGGACUUCGCAGACGUCGAAGCGGCAACGGUCUUCUUCGAUACUCUCGAUGUACAUAAGGGCCCGUCUCUGGGAGGCAAUCUGACGCUGGCUCAACCGUACGUCCAGACGGUGUUUUUUCGGGAGAAAGAUUGGGCUGCUCAGUUUGGCUUGAGGGAAACGAUCGUUCGAGUGUCGGUAGGAUUGGAAGAUGCAGGUGAAUUACUGGCGACUUUUGACAAGGCUGUCCGAAAGGCAAGAAAAUCCACUGCCUUGAAUAUGUAA